AUGAGUACAUGGGACGGUGUAGUACCCGGAGACGGUACAGUCAUAAUUAUACCACCUGGUAUUAUCGUCUAUAUUGAUGAUGCUCGUUUAAUUGUAAACCUUUUACAAAUACAAAUUUAUGGUCAGCUCCAGAUAGGUGAGCUGCCAUGCAAAAAAACACCAACGUCGCAACAACAAUCACCACAAUGGCAAGCUACACAACAAGAUAGUCGAUCCCAUCAAGCAAAGGAUCAAAAUGAUGAAAACUGCGUAGAUGAAGAUGAAGCAAUCGAUAUUAAUGAAGAUGAUAAAGUUUUCCGUGAAAUACCGUCGCCAUCUGAUCCAUCAGACUUAAAUUGA